AUGCUAUAUGGCAGACUCUCGGGAGCUUUCCUGGCGCAGAGUAUUACUGGGAAUGGAUCCGAAUGUAGAAGUAUUUCCACCUCAAGGUUCGAUAAACGUUCACCGGGUGGUGGAGGACGCGCUACGCGAUUAAGAUCAGACUCCAGACCUCGUACCCCAUCCUUGAAGACGACUGGCUACUUAAAGCUUGGCGGAAAGGAGGAGGAACUCGUUGAAGCAGAUCUCGUUGGGGACUCAGGGAUAGGUGUUGAAGGGAAACUAAAGCCAGAAGAGAAAAGAGUGUGGAGACCUACGGUGUCAAAGAAGGCAAUCGAUAUUGAAUUGGAGUGGGCAAGGGAUCGGGUAGUUUUGUCAAAGCGAGUGGCACAGAUCCUUAACAAAGGAGACCUCGAGAAGGCGGUUGCAUUAGUGCGAACCGCACAGUCGAGAGGCUAUGAUUGUAUGGUUGCUUGGAACGUGCUAUUUGACCAUGAGAUGAAAAAUGACAGACCGGUUGCGGCUUUCAAGCUUUAUAACGAUCCAUCUGUCCUACAUGUCAAUGCGGUUUUGGGCGUGUGCUCCCGGCAUGGCAAUAUGGAUGCCUUGUGGGAAGUGGCUGGGUCGCUUCCUGAACGUGGUGACGGAGCUCCUGACUCAAGGACUUUUACCAUUGUUCUCAACGGCCUUCAGGCACAUACAGCUAACGAAACCAAGAACCUUAAUCCUCGCAGCCAAGUAGAUGGCAUUGCGGAGAAGAAAGCAUUGGCAGUACGGGAAGGGAAAAGAAUAUGGGCUGAUGUGGUACGCCGUUGGAGAGCGGGCGACUUCAUUGUCGAUCAACCUCUCGUAUCUGCAAUGGGGCGUUUGCUUCUUUUCGGCCGACGAAAACGUGAUUGCCUUGACGUGUUCGCCUUACUGCACCAAACGAUGGAUGUUCCUUUGCUUGAAGGUGUGGAUACGCAACUUGAAGCACCCAGAACUAGAGAGCAAAAUAAAAUGACAGCGCAAGAGUUGGCGGUGGGGAAACAAGAGUCUAGUGCUGAAAGUCCCGAGCUGGAGAGGGUGUCAAUGGGCAAUGAUGAAAUGAACCGUGCUCAGAAGGAGGAGCCGGAACCAUUGCCCGAAAAGCAGGAACUGGCAUCUGAAGGAUUAGGACUUCCAGCCGAAGAAGUCGAACAGUUAAAUGAAGAGCCGGAACCAUUGUCAGAAACCGAAGAGUUCAAAUACCUAUUCAAGCCGGUAGACCUCUCACAGAUCCACAAAAAUGCGCAAACGAGAACGAGAACGAAAUCUCGCCGUUUACAAAUCACUCUCCCUACUCCUACGAACGAUGAAUUAUCCUUGGUUUUAUCAGCUUGCCGAACAACACCAAACGGAAUUGCCAUUGGCCGGGCGUACUGGGAAUUUUUCACAUCUGGACCUAAACAAUCCAUGAUAAAGCCAGAUACACAUUCAUUCCACGAAUACCUGCGUCUUCUGCGGGUUGCUCGCUCCAGCACUGAAGCUCUUCACAUUAUUAAAAAUAUGUUACCUAGACCCGACAUGGUUGCGCGCAAAACCUUCGUCAUCGCGAUAAGCUGUUGCUCUCGCGAUCGAAAGAAUCCACACGUUCUCGAAACAGCUGGCGAGCUGAUUGGGCUUAUGGAUACAGCUCUCAUGCAGCCGGAGCCUGAGAUUCUCUCCAAGUACCUGGAACUUGUCAGGUACGGCAUUUCGGAAGAAAGUAUCAGGGAAUCCGUUCCCAUCCUGGCGCGUGUGUCUGAUACGAAGACUUCUGAUAUGGUGUUCAAGACGAGAAUAUUGAACGCUAUUGACGCACUGCGGUCGCAGGUUGACAAACUGAUAUCGUUACUGGCCUACGCGACGCUUUCUAAGCAUGGCAAAGACGCGGACGAGGGGGAAAGGGUCAAGGCUGCAUCAGACCGAGUUUCUGAGGGCUGUUGGCCAUUCUCUCGUCCCUAUUUACCUUCAUUCGAGGAAUCGGUCUAUAUCCUGAAGCAGGCCAAACAGCUAAAUGAGCUCGCCCGCAAGGAGAGGACGCUCAGCGCUGAAGAGCGGAGUGUGCUGGAAACCGAAAACAAGCGUCUGAAAAACAUUCUCAAUCCAAAUCGGAAACUUGGGCCUAGUAAUAUACAGCAGUGUCCAUCUGAACUAUCUGGCUGUAUGCAACGGCAAGCCUCCGAAACUGUUGCGUAG